UGAAGAUUUUGAAUAGCCCCUUUUUUUCCUCAACUGACCCCGCGUUUUCUCUCUCCGGCGGAGAGGCACCGGCGCUACCACCACCCACCACGAGGAGGACGACGACCGCGGACUCUGUGAGAGGCUGUUAGAGUAUUUCUCUGUGACCAGCUCACAGCAUGGGUAACUGUAUCGCAUGCGUGAAGGUGGACUCUGCGGAAGACCACAGAAGCAACCACAGCAACAGCAACGGUCAUAGGAGAAAGAAGAAGACCAAAGAACGUAGACCCAAUCCAUACGCCGACGACCAGGUCCGGUCUCCGGCGCCGAUCCGGGUCCUGAAAGACGUGAUUCCACUGAGUCACCGGACUCGGAUCGGGGACAAGUACGUGCUGGGUCGCGAACUCGGCCGCGGCGAGUUCGGCAUCACCUACCUCUGUACCGACCGCGAGACCCGUGAUAGCCUUGCCUGCAAGUCCAUAUCCAAGAAGAAGCUGAGGACCGCUGUCGACAUAGAGGACGUCAGGCGUGAGGUUUCUAUAAUGUCUAGUCUUCCCGAUCACCCCAACAUCGUGAAGCUCAAGGCCACCUACGAAGACAGCGAGGCCGUGCAUCUGGUGAUGGAGCUCUGCGAAGGAGGCGAGUUGUUCGAUAGAAUCGUCGCACGGGGGCACUACAGCGAGCGCGCUGCGGCCGGUGUGGCGCGGACGAUAGCAGAGGUGGUGAGAAUGUGUCACGAGAAUGGAGUGAUCCAUAGAGACUUGAAGCCCGAGAAUUUUUUGUUUGCGAAUAAGCGGGAGAGUUCACCGCUUAAAGCCAUUGAUUUUGGGCUAUCAGUGUUUUUCCGGCCUGGUGAAAGGUUCUCGGAGAUUGUGGGGAGUCCGUACUAUAUGGCGCCUGAGGUUUUGAAGCGAAAUUAUGGGCCUGAAGUGGAUAUAUGGAGUGCUGGAGUGAUUCUUUAUAUUUUGCUAUGUGGAGUUCCUCCAUUUUGGGCAGAGACGGAACAGGGUGUUGCUUUGGCAAUAUUAAGGGGGGUGAUUGAUUUUAAGAGGGAACCUUGGCCGCAAAUUUCUGAUAAUGCAAAGAGCCUUGUUAGGCAAAUGUUGGAGCAGGAUCCCAGAAAGCGGUUGACUGCUCAACAGGUGCUUGAACAUUCCUGGUUACAGAAUGCAAAGAAAGCUCCAAAUGUUCCAUUAGGAGAUAUUGUGAGAACAAGGCUCAAGCAGUUCUCUUGCAUGAACAGAUUCAAGAAGAAAGCCAUGCGAGUAAUUGCAGAGCACUUAUCUGUUGAAGAAGUAGAAGUUAUCAGAGAUAUGUUUACACUGAUGGACACUGACAAUGAUGGAAAAGUAACAUAUGAAGAACUGAAGGCUGGACUUCGGAAGGUUGGUUCACAAUUGGGUGAACCAGAGAUAAAGUUGCUGAUGGAAGUGGCUGAUGUGGAUGGGAAUGGAGUCCUGGAUUAUGGAGAGUUUGUAGCAGUGACAAUUCACUUGCAGAGGAUGGAGAAUGAUGAGCAUUUCCAAAGAGCUUUUAUGUUUUUUGACAAAGAUGGAAAUGGGUUUAUUGACUUAAUCGAGCUACAAGAAGCCCUAGCAGAUGAAUCCGGUGAGACGGAUGCUGAUGUAGUGAAUGAGAUCAUGCGGGAGGUCGACACAGACAAGGAUGGGCGUAUCAAUUACGAUGAGUUUGUGGCAAUGAUGAAAACUGGAACCGACUGGAGAAAGGCUUCUCGCCAGUACUCAAGGGAGAGGUUCAAAAGCCUGAGUCUCAACCUGAUGAAGGAUGGUUCUCUGCAUCUUGAAGAUAGGAUUACGGGUCAAUCUAUUGCUGUCUGAGCUAAAGGGUUUGAUGAUCUGAGCUUUCUUCUUUGUCCCCAUCCAGUGUCUGGUUUCAAGAGUCAAGAUGAAGCUGACUUUAGCCAUGGGUACUACCACGGCCCGUACGCGUAACAUGUGGCAACAAGUGGGGUAUGCCGUAUGCCUAUGGAUAUCAAGAAUGAGGUUGGGAGACUAUUUUAUUUUAUUUUUUUUAACAUUCUUGGGGGUUUUGAGUGGGUGGGAUAUGGGUGUAGGAAGAGAACAAAACGGCUUAAGAUGUCGGCAGUGGCAGGGGAUUGCGGAUGUGUCAUAUUUGUAUAUUUGUCAAGUCAUUGGUGUUUGAUUAUUUACUCAAAAGAGUCUUUCUGGAUUUCUAA